AUGCUAAGAAAACUGGGACGUGGUUCUUAUGAUUGUAUUGUACGUGGUGAUGAAAAAGUGGCUGUUGUAAAGUGGUUUGAUAACAAACCAAUCUUUGUCGCAUCUACAGAGAAUGCAGUACACCCUGAAGAUACCUGUAGACGUUGGAGUAAAGAACAAAAAAAAUACAUUGAUGUAACAAGGCCAGCUUCAAUAAAACUUUACAACUCUUUCAUGGGAGGGAUAGACUUGCUAGAUAGGGUUAUCGGGAAAUACGCGAUGAGGGGUAGAACUGGAAAGUGGACUGUGAGGGCAAUUUUUCACUUUGUAGAUUUUGCAGCUGCUGCUUCUUGGAUAGAAUACCGCCGAGACGCCAAAGCCCUAGGUGAAAAACCGUGUCAGUACUUUGAUUUCAAAAUGGAGCUGGCAAAAACUUUAAUUUACGCCUCCCAAAAUAAGAACCCUCAAAACCCUCAUGCUGAAAGGCUUAGCCCAAGGCAUAGUCCAACAACUUCAUUCACCAGGUCUCUGAAAAGACGCAUUGUAACAGCCCUUCCACACGAAGAAAAAAAGAAACAGGCAUCUCAUCUGCCAGAGGAUAUGACACGAACAGAUAAAAACCGGUCUAAAUGCACAUUACCAGGUUGUAAGGCUUUGACUUUUAUAAAAUGUCAGGAGUGUGAGUAUGCUAAUCCAGAGUGGUUACUUCGUCAAGAAGUAUUACAAUUAUUAACAAACUUUUCCGUAUUUAUAAUAUUUACUGGCGACUCACUCUCGUUUCGCUUAUGCCGUACCACCGUAGAUCAGCUGGUGAGUUUUGGCAAGAACCAAUGGGUAAUGAACGGGUCGUUGCCCUGUUCAGAACUUACGCAAGGUGCAUAU